AUGAUAAAAUCUACUGAGAAAUCUAAGAAGGUAUCUUCCCAAGAUGUCAACAAAGCUAUUUGGAAAUCCAAUUAUACUGAGGGGAAUAAGCACAAAGAUGAUAGGCUCAAAACCUGUGAAGGUGCAAGAACACAAGCUGGAUUAGUUUCUAGAGCUUCUAUGGAGAAAGUUAUGGAAGUCACCGAUGAUAAGGUGAGCAACUAUAUAAGUGACGAUAUUGCAUUAUCCAUUUUAUCAAAACUCCCUUUGAAAUCUUUGAAACGAUUUGAAUGUGUGCGUAAGUCAUGGUCUCUCUUAUCUGACAAUCCUAGUUUCAUGAGUUUGUAUCGCCACAAUUUCUUCUCCAAAUAUACUUAUAACGAUGAUACAUCUCUCAUCCUACAUCUUCAUGAUGACGAGAAAUUGUGUUCUCUUUCCGGUGAGAGUUUUGAGAAUAUGGUAGAGCUAGAAUUGCCACAACAAAUCGAUCACAUGAAAUUUCUUGGUUUUGGUUGUGCUAAUGGCAUACUUUGUUUUGAAGAACCUCUUAUAAACAAAAUUGUAUUAUGGAACCCAACUACCAAUGAAUUGAAGAUCAUUCCUCUAAGCCCUUUUGAGUCAUUUUCCCCACCUGCUACCCUUAAUUUUGAUGCUCCAGUUAGUUUUGUUACUUAUCUUAAUCUCAAUGGAUUUGGUUAUGACUAUGUUGCAGAUGAUUAUAAGUUGGUUCGUAAUACAACUAUUAUUUGUAAGUUCCACACUGUUUGGCCAUCUGAUAGAGAUUUAUUAUUAGGGCGAGAUGAAUCAUUAAAACCCUUUUGGGAGAUUUAUAGCUUAAAAACUAACUCAUGGAAGAAGUUAGAUAUUGAUAUGCCUAGUUGUGUUAAGUACAAUUCUGGCUUUGGGACUUUUCGAGUAUACCUUGACGGAGUGAAUUUGGUGUCAAGGAAUCAUGGUACAAACUCUUCACUGUUGGGCCGCUCCCUUGGUUUGAAAUUCCUAUCGGAGUGGGGAAAAAGGGUGAAAUAUUCUUCAGAAAAGAAGACUCUGAAUUAG